UCAUGAAAUAAUGUCGAAAAGAGCACUGUGGUUUAGUUUGACGUACAUUUGAGUUGUGAAACUGCAGCAGACGGUAGCUUAACAUCAAUGGCGGGAAUCACUUUUUCCAAGCGUCUUAUUCUAGGUGUGUUUCGAGGUUUUACACAGAAGGCCAUUUCCCUAAAAAUGAUGCCUCAUGACUACCCGACUGUUAAAGGAACAGAGUGCUGGAGGAGAAAAAUUCGCACUUUAUUUAAGGCAAUGGAUGCAACCAGAGACGGAUAUAUAACAAAGGAAGAUUUUGCAUUGAGUGGCCAUCGCCUUGCAAUUUAUUUGAACCUUGAUGAAAACAAGGCAAAACAUGUGAUGAAACAUCGCGUAGAUUUAUGGGAGGCGAUAGGCAAAGAUGCAAAGAAUAAUGAAGAGUACAAGGUAUCCGAAGACGAGUUCAUAUCCGACCUGCUUGCUGUCAUUAAUACCACCUACCGUGAUUCGUUUCUGGAUAUGAUCAUCCGUGACUUCGACGGUUAUGAUGUCGACGGAGACGGUUUCAUCUCCCCAAAGGAGCACAAAGCGUUCUUCUACAGUUGGGGAAUUCCGACGGGCUACUCGGCAGAUGUAUUUAAGGCACUGGAUACCGAUGGCGAUGGCUUGAUAACCAGGGAUGAAUACAUCCAAGGGGGAACUGAUUUCAUGUUUAGCGAAGAUGAAAACAGCCCUUACAAAAAUUUCCUGGGACCACUGCUUGAAUAGGAAAAUCAUGAAACUUGGCACUGAUGGUCGAGUAAGAAGGGUGAAAGUGUCUUAUAAAAAUUAUAGAGUGGGAGAAAAAGUUCAUGAAUACAAGGGUGCUAAGAAUAUUGAGGUAGAGAGAUCUGUCAGAAGAUUGGGUUUAUUAAUUCCCAUUGAGGAUAUGUAAUUGCUCUUAAAUAUUGAUGCGACAUUUUACGCAGAAAGCGGCGCACCUAUCCAAAUAAACGUUGCUCAAUUCGUACAGCCCCCGACGAAACUACUAGUAUAUACAUUCAUGUAUCAAAUAACGUGUAUAAGAUUGUAUAGGAUUGACCAAAUGUAUACAGCGGAAAACCAUUUUUCCAAAUGUGGGCCUUUUUUUAUAAGAACCGAUACGCAUCCAGUCGGAGUAGUGGUACUGAGAUAUUCUUCAUAGUCGAAAACUAUUCCCUGAAAUUAAUUAACAUGAUUGACUGUGUAUCUGAUGUACAUGAGUACAUGGGGUAGUGAAUAAAACAACA